AUGGAGCUCACAGCCCUGCUGCUGCUGGGGCUACUGCUGCUCCUGGGGCUCUGGGGGCUGCUCCGAGCUUGGCCCCAGGCCCCCUCGCUGGCCCCGCGGUGGCCACCUGGGCCUCGCCCGCUGCCGCUCCUGGGGAACCUGAACUUGUUGUUUGUGUCGAGACAGGACAAGACGCUGAUGGAGCUCUCAGAGAGGUAUGGACCAGUGUUCACCGUCCACCUGGGAUGCCAGAAGUUGGUGGUGCUGACCGGCUACAAGGCCGUGAAGGAGGCGCUGCUGGGCAUGGGGCACAAGCUGGACGACCGGCCUCCCAUUCCCAUCUUCGAGCUCAUCCAGGGAGGCUGGGGUAUCUUCUUCUCAUCUGGGGUGCGCUGGCGGCCUCUCCGUCAGUUCACAAUGCGUACCCUGCAUGUUCUCCAAGAGGGACGGGGACCUGUGGCCCACACCGUGCUGCAGGAGCUGACGUACCUCACAGGGCAGCUGGACAGCUAUGAAGGUCAACCCUUCCCCCUGGCGCUGCUGGGCUGGGCUCCCUCUAAUAUUACCUUCGCACACCUCUUUGGCCAACGGUUCGACUACCAGGACCCUGUGUUUAUGUCCUUGCUGAAUCUCAUUGACGAGAUCAUGGUCCUCUUGGGGUCUCCCAGUCUGCAGCUCUUCAACUGCUACCCCUGGCUUGGGGCACUGCUCCGGUUGCACAAGCCUGUCUUGCGCAAGAUUGAGGAGGUUCGAGUCAUCCUGAGGAUGCUCCUGAAGGCAGGGCAGCACCCCACAUCUGGGCACCCAGUACAGAGCUACAUGGAAGCUCUGAUCCAGCAGGGUCAGGAGAAUGACUCCGAGGGCCUAUUCACUGAGACCAAUGCGGUGGCCUGUUUGCUGGACAUGGUCAUGGCUGGUGUGGAGACCACCUCAGUCACACUGCAGUGGGCCAUCCUCCUGAUGGGCAAGCACCCGGACGUGCAGGGCCAGGUGCAGGAGGAGCUAGACCGUGUGCUGGGCCCUGGGCGGGCUCCACAGCUAGAGGACCGGCCGGCGCUGCCCUACACCAACGCCGUGCUCCACGAGGUGCAGCGGUACACCUCCAUCCUGCCCCACGUGCCCCGCUGUGCCGCCGCCGACACCCAGCUGGGCAGCUACCUGGUCCCCAAGGGCACGCCUGUGUUCCUCCUGCUGACCUCCGUGCUCCUGGACAAGACACAGUGGGAGACCCCAGACCAGUUCAACCCCGGCCACUUCCUGGAUGCAGAAGGGCGCUUCAUGAGGCGGGCUGCCUUCCUCCCUUUCUCUACAGGCCACCGCAUCUGUGUCGGAGAGAGCAUGGCCAGGACAGAGCUGUUCCUGCUGUUCUCCAGCCUCCUCCAGAGGUACCGCCUGCUGCCUCCACCCGGUGUCAGCCCCGCGGCCCUGGACAUCACGCCCAUCCAAGCUUUCACCGUGCGACCACCACCACAGGCCCUUCGGGCAGUGCCCAGGCCCUAG